AUGCUCCUGGCGCGGGUGAGCCCGCAGGUGCAGCCGGAGGGCGGCGGGGCGGACGCCGAGGCGGCGCAGCCCCUGCGGGCGCGCAAGGCGGCCGAGCUGCUGGUGGUGAAGGAGCGCAACGGGGUCCAGUGCCUCCUGGCGUCCCGGGCCGCCAGCGAGGAGCCGCCCCGCGAGACCUGGGGCAAGAAGAUCGACUUCCUGCUGUCCGUGGUGGGCUUCGCCGUGGACCUGGCCAACGUGUGGCGCUUCCCCUACCUCUGCUACAAGAACGGCGGCGGCGCCUUCCUGAUCCCGUACACGCUGUUCCUCAUCAUCGCCGGGAUGCCGCUUUUCUACAUGGAGCUGGCGCUGGGCCAGUUCAACCGGGAGGGCGCGGCCACCGUGUGGAAGAUCUGCCCGUUCUUCAAAGGAGUCGGCUACGCCGUGAUCCUCAUCGCCCUGUACGUCGGCUUUUACUACAACGUCAUCAUCGCCUGGUCCCUCUACUACCUCUUCUCCUCCUUCACCUUCCGCCUGCCCUGGACCGACUGCGGCCACCCCUGGAACAGCCCCAACUGCACCGACCCCAAGCUCCUCAACGCCUCCACGCUGGGCAACCACACCAAGUACUCCAAGUACAAGUUCACGCCGGCUGCCGAGUUCUACGAGCGCGGCGUCCUGCACCUUCACGAGAGCGGCGGCAUCCACGACAUCGGCCUGCCGCAGUGGCAGCUCCUGCUCUGCCUGAUGGUGGUGGUCGUCGUCCUGUUCUUCAGCCUCUGGAAAGGCGUGAAGACCUCGGGGAAGGUCGUGUGGAUCACAGCCACGCUGCCUUACCUGGUGCUGUUCGUGCUCCUGGUCCACGGCAUCACGCUGCCCGGCGCCUCCAACGGCAUCAGCGCCUACCUGCACAUCGACUUCUACCGCCUCAAGGAGGCCACGGUCUGGAUUGACGCUGCCACGCAGAUCUUCUUCUCCCUGGGGGCUGGAUUCGGAGUCUUGAUUGCCUUUGCCAGUUACAACAAAUUCGACAACAACUGCUACAGGGACGCCCUGCUCACCAGCACCAUCAACUGCGUCACCAGCUUCGUCUCGGGCUUCGCCAUCUUCUCCAUCCUCGGGUACAUGGCCCACGAGCACAAGGUCAACAUUGAGGACGUGGCCACCGAAGGAGCUGGCCUGGUCUUCAUCCUGUACCCGGAAGCCAUCUCCACUCUGUCGGGGUCCACCUUCUGGGCCGUCGUGUUCUUCAUCAUGCUCCUGGCUCUGGGGAUUGACAGCUCAAUGGGAGGCAUGGAGGCCGUCAUCACGGGCCUGGCCGACGACUUCCAGGUCCUGAAGCGACACAGGAAGCUCUUCACGUUCGGCGUCACCUUGGGGACCUUCCUCCUGGCCUUGUUCUGCAUCACCAAGGGCGGAAUCUACGUGCUGACCCUGCUGGACACGUUCGCGGCGGGCACCUCCAUCCUGUUCGCCGUGCUCAUGGAGGCCAUCGGUGUAUCCUGGUUUUACGGGGUGGACAGGUUCAGCAACGACAUCCAGCAGAUGAUGGGGUUCAAGCCCGGCCUGUACUGGAGACUGUGCUGGAAGUUUGUGAGCCCCGCCUUCCUCCUGUUUGUGGUGGUGGUGAGCAUCAUCAACUUCAAGCCACUCACCUACGAUGACUACGUCUUCCCGCCCUGGGCCAACUGGGUGGGGUGGGGCGUGGCCCUGUCCUCCAUGGUCCUGGUGCCGGCCUACAUCGUCUACAAGUUCCUGAGCACGCGGGGCUCCCUCUGGGAGAGAGUGGCCUACGGCCUCACGCCCGAGAACGAGCAUCACCUGGUGGCCCAGCGGGACGUCAGGCAGUUCCAGAGGCCGAUGAGACCAAGGAGGCGGGAGAGGCCCACUCUUGCCCAAUAUCCUGCUGGGUAA